AUGAGUAUCGAAGACGAAAAAAUUAAUUUUGCUUUAGUAGAGGUAAAACAUCAAAUAGAAACGUUAAUGCAACAAAACGCAAAAAUAAAAUUAAUGUUGGAGGAAGAGAACAACAAAAGUAUCAAAUUGAAAAAACAGCUUUGCGCUAGGAGGCCUUUCAAUCAAACAAAAACUGGUGAAAUUGUAUUUCCAGGAAAAAAAGAAAUGCAAUUGAAAUUGGAUAUUUUGAAUCGAGAAAUGUUGAAAUUAAAAUCAGUGUUGGAUGGUUUCCAAGAAGAUCGCUGCCAAAUCGAAAAGGCACGAGAAAUUAUCAAGUCUAUGUGCAACAUCAUACCUAAUAAUGGCAACGAAAACAAUACGAAUGAAUUGAUGGAAAACGAGUUAAAUGAACUACAUAAAGAGUACCAAGUUAUAGACAACGAAUUUGAUCAGGUAGUAUUAGACGUGUCCAAAUACCGUGUAAAAUUAGAGAAAUCGAAAAAAGAAUUGCACCUCAGCGAGAAACAGUUUGAAGAAGUCCAACGUGACUUUAAUGAGGUUAACUCACAAUUAGCGGCUAUAGAAAAGAAUACUGAAACCGAUGAAGACAGCAAGGCUAAGCAAAGAGCAGAGCUCGAUAGUGUUAAAAAUCGUUCGGAUGACUUAAAAUCCAUUAUGGCACAUCAAAUGGACGAGUUAAACGAAAAGAAAAAAAUGUACAUGAACGCCCUUCGAGUUAAAGAGUAUGAAAUAUUUCGAGCCAGUAACUUGUGCAAAGAAAAGGCAAGGUUAACAAAUGUGUACGAAACUGAAUUCAAUCAGAUAAAAGAGUAUUUCAAAAAACGUCUUAAUCACACAAAUCAAUUACCCGUUGCAUUAUUUGCAGCUCAAGAACAAUUAGCUAUUCAGAAGGAAAUAAAAAUGUCGGCGGAAAAAACUAUAGAAGAACUACAAAAAAAACUUAAAAACAUCAUGGGCAAUGAGAAUGUCGACGGGGACUCUGGUCAUAAAUUAAGAACAUUAACGAUGUUAAAGGCUAAAAAUAAUAAAUUAAAGAGUGAACUAGAAAAAUUAGAAAAGGUUUCAGCUGACAUUCAGUACACUUAUGACGAAACGAGUCGAAUAGCAAAUGAACAUAAAUCUCGAUUAGAUAAGAUAAAAACUGAAACGGAUUUAAAAAUUAAUAAAACCCGGGUCUUUUUAAACGGACUGACCGAAGAAUAUUUGGAUACACUUGACAAACUCCAAAAUGAAGUAUCUAAAAUCGAAGCAGAAUCUUGUUUUGAAGAUGAACAGCUAUCUUUAGUAUCUUCUAAGAUGCAAAAACAAAUUGAUUCACUGUUCAAUAUUUUUCAAAAUGCCCAAGAACAAAUAAUUAAAAUUAAAAAUGUACAGAACUGUAAUAAGAAAACUCAAAAUGAUGUUUGCAAGUCGAGACCAGAUGCAUAA